UGCCAUUUUGGUCAUUCACAUUUCACCCCUCUUUCUCCAUCUAUAUUCUAUAUCUGCUACAAUUUGAGGUUAGCCCUUCUCUCUCUGUGAGUUUGAGGUUAGGUGUAUGUAUAUGUUUCUUCUUUGACUGUUCUUGAAUUGUCUAUAAGAACUGGGUUUUGUUUAUUCUUGCUUUUUAUUGAGAUUUGAGAGUGUAACUUUUUUUUCCUGUUGGGAUUCACAGAGAUGGAGACUUUCUUGUUCACAUCUGAAUCAGUUAACGAGGGACACCCCGAUAAACUCUGCGAUCAAAUCUCCGAUGCAGUGCUCGACGCCUGCCUUGCUCAGGACCCAGAGAGCAAGGUGGCUUGUGAGACCUGUACCAAGACCAACAUGGUCAUGGUCUUCGGUGAGAUCACAACCAAGGCCAAUGUAGACUAUGAAAAGAUUGUGCGCGAUACUUGUCAAUCCAUUGGAUUUGUAUCUGAUGAUGUGGGAUUGGAUGCUGAUAACUGCAAGGUCCUUGUUAAGUAG